UUCGAGCAAAUGCCCGUGUACAGCCUCAAUUAUCGUAUCGAUGGCACACCUUCUACAGCGUGUUGAUGCUUCUGCGACUUUGGAGAACGAGCGCUUAGGGAAGCCUUAUUAACCUGGCUGAAUUUCACCGUCACUGCACUCUUCUUUCAUCCUAACAUCAUGUCUGAGCUCCCAACGGACCAUUCUGGUCUGGAAUAUAUCAUCAAUCAUGUUUUUUGUCCUCUCAAAUUGCCGCAAGCGAGCGACCAUACCCUUCAGAACGACUUGGCCUUAUCUCAGGCGGUCUUGGAUGCUGCUCAAGCUUUCAAUGACCAGCUGCCGUCCGAUAAGCAACAGCUUUGGGCGAGCAGCUUUAAAAUGCUUCAGAACCUCCAAGAUUCAAUCAGAUUCAGCGUAAUGUCUCUAAAGGAAGUUGAAUCUCAGAUCAAUGCCAUGGACGACGAAGAUGUCCUGGUAUUUAUGAUUCGCGCGCAAAAUGCUGCGGUGGUCAUGAGAAAACUUGAAUCUGAGACCAUAUUUGAAUCAUUCGAGAUCUCUCCUGACCCCGCCGCAGUGAUGGGCGCACAGGGAAAGCUGAUCUGUUCGUAUCCUGGACCUGCUAUCACGGUCCCAAACACGAUUGCCAAUGACGCUACCUUUUCCGCCGAGCUGGCGAAUUUUCUCGUUUGCAUGGAUCAAGAUGUCCUUGAUGCGGCAGCGACGCGCAGAAAAGCUGAUUCCACUGUUCCCGAAGAGAGGGACACAACUCACCCCCGGUAUAUCACCGAACUCCUGACCGGUAUACUUCGUGGCCUCGGGAGUAUCGCUGAUGUUCCUCGCAUCCGCAAGCGCAUCGGAGAUGACGUGCUGUGGAACAACACGAAAUUGCCGUGGAGGCGGUCUCCGCUUUGGCUUGUCAUUCGUGUUGCUUUACAGACGACUCUGGAGCGCAAUGCUCUCGGACGAACGGCAUAUAAAUCAUUCAUGCUGUUCUUGAUGGCUAGAGUCACGGCCCUUGCCAUCAACUACAACUUGUCGAAUGACAUCCUACACUUUAUAUCGGCAAAGAUUGCACGCCGUCUUUUCAAGCUUGGAACCUCUGCUCCUCUAGAGUUAUCACAGACGGUCGUUAACGUCACGAGUGACGUUAAGAGUAUCUUAGAGGAAAGAUGGAGAUCUGUUCAAGACGUGCAGCAGACCUCACCACCUUGGGCUCCCGAGGCCCUCUCGAUCUUGCAGGAUACUCACCUCUCCUUGAACACGAGUCGAGAGUACAUACACCAAGCUUUGCUGAACCAGCAUUCGCCUUACCCAUCAGCCCCAUUCAACCCCAGCCACCGCGCACGUGGGACAAUCGAUGAUUUCCUUGACGCUGAUGCUAGCUUCCUGAUAGCUGCUCAUGCUGCAGAACCAUCCCUUUCCCUGAUAGACUUUGAGAUGAUCAUUAGAUCAGGGAUCGAUGACUGGGUGGCGCGUGUUUCAUAUCAGAGCAUCGAUUCCGCAUGCAUCUCGAUUGAGGCAUGUGCCUCCGCAUACUCCUCGCGGGCACUGGAAGCUUACCAGGGAAACCCGGAGAAUACGUCAAUAAUGCUUCUCACUCUUUUCGAGCUCUGGGUAGCCAUGGAUAAGAUCGUUGUUAAGCAAAUCCCACUCCUAGCAAAAUAUCCCCCCGAAGUCCCAAUGACCCUUUGGAAGAAUCUCCUGAUCCGAAAAUCUUCAGCCCUUGAUCGUUUGAAGCAGUUGCGCGCCUACUUGGAAGCGCGUCAUUGCCAGGCUUCCAACUGUCUGUCGGUGUUCUCGUCCACCAACGAUGACAAGUCGUUCGAAGUGCAGUAUUUUUACCAGUCAUCCAUGUUGCAGAGUUUGAAGCUGAAAAUCGAGGCGGAUGCUCGGGAAGAGCGGGAGAAGAAGUUGGUUGAGCUUCGGACCCUCAACGAGAGGUAUGCUUCCCUCCAGACAAGCGCAGCAAGCUUAUCACAUGAGUACCGUGUCAACUCCUGGGGGUAUGAGUACCACGUUCGGUGGUGUUCCAAAUGUUGCCUGGAGGAGCAGAUGCGAUCCCUGAACAUUACAGUUCACGAGUGGCCGCUACCGCGGCAUGAACAAGAGGCAAUCGUGGUUGUAUUCGAGCUAGCAUGCCCAACUGCGUUCGACAUGUGGAGAUCUAUGACAUUCCAUAUCCUCGUCGACAUCUGCGCUCCAGAACAAAUUUUGUCCACUCCUCCCUUUAUCACCCUGCCGAAUUAUGACGCCUUACAGCCAUACCGCAAAUGCCAUCCAAGGCAAAGGCUGACUUUGGCGUCAGACGCCAAACCCUUCGCUGCAUGCCAUUACCAUUACCAAAAUAUUCCCACGGUAGCCGACUGCAUCUGUGUGAACAACGGUCUCGUAUUUCAGCCUUUUGAUAUAACCACAGAAGCAUGGAUAGCCAACGCGCCGUUGCACUGGGAUUCCAGCAAACUGUGCACUUUCCUUCUUCCCAAGGGACCGUACUAUGAUUUGCAACGGUACCUUGCAGGAACGCCACAUACCUCAAACGAGGUCAUCGCCAAUCAGGCGGAUUGUCACAAGGAUAUGACCAUUCACGAAUUCAUCGCUUUCGGAACUUUACGGAGCGGACCACUACUGCAAUGGAUGAAUGUGCUACGUGAACUCCGUGCGAGGACACUCAAUUUUCGAUGCGAGGAAGUCCAUCUGUUAUUAGCGCAAGCCGUUUCACAGGUUGGCCCAUGUUCGUCUAACGAGGGCCUUCCAUGGCACGAGGAACUAAACAGCAUAUCCUUCCUUAGCGCACUGCUCGGAGAGCUGGAGUUCUUGAUGGCAAGCGUUGAAGAAAAUUGGUUGGAAGGUAUCACGAUAAGCACCGUCAUCAUGAUUGUGUGCCGUGUCUUGUCCUCGACACAGGAAGAGAGUAUCAAAAAUCUGGGAUAUUUGUUGCUUCGAAGGAUACGAACAGCAACCUUUACAUUGCUGGGUCAGCUCUCACGGAAAGUGCAAGCCAGCGACGAUGAGAUGGCCAGUCGGGAUUUGCAAGGACGUCUUCGUGAUAUGGCUGCCAUCUGUCGGAGCACCUUUGAUGUUGACGAAAAUCCUUCGCUACUCUUGAUAUCAAAUGACGAUAUCAAGAUAUUUGCGUACUGUGCGGCCAUGAUUUACGACAAUACUCCAAACCAACUGGGCAAUCUGUCACAACAUUCCAAGCUACUGCUAGAGCGAGACAGGAGAUGUUGUCACGCACUAGAAGAUGCUGUUCGUCAAUAUGCAGAGAUUCACAGGGAGGGUCUCGAUUGUGCGGUGGCAGAAAUAUGGGGCAGCUACAGACGAGGAACUCCUUGGAGGGCCCUGCCGGCUCCGAGUUCUCGUUGGCUUGUGACGCAGACUGCGCCUUCCUGUUCUCAAUUACCGCAAGCCGUACACUAUAACUUAAUUGAUGGGUGUUUGCUUGUUGAUGGGAAGUCGCUGGGUAGGCUUCCGUCGAUUAUAGUGCAACAUCCCACCUACCAGGCAAUUUUCGGUGAUCAAGUUUUGGACAUUGUUCCAGCUGAUAUUCCUGGAAUGGAGUAUGCAACACGCGGGAACCCCCACGACCAUCAGGUAUCUUUCGCCCUCCGUGACUCAAACGAUCUCAUCAUCCGCGCGAAGCAUGUCGAACAAGGCUCGCCUAUCCUUCAACUCAUUCCGAGCCAUAAAUUUGUGGGGGACCUACCGAAGACCUUGAUAGACGGCCAUACUCAUUGGCUCAACCUGGACACAAACGAAACAGAGAUCCGGCCAGCGGAACAUGCGUGGCAGUCUUCACUUGAAAAUUGGGUCCUGCGAUUUGCUGUUUCGGGCCCCUCGACACUGCAGAAUGCCGGCGGUGCCACUCUUGUCGACGUACGUAGCCACACGUGGGACAUGAUCUCCAAGAGGAUGCGUCCUCUGGAGGAUGCCUGCUACAUCGUGGUCACAUGCAACAAAGGUUCCGGUAACACUCACUCGUUGACGGCUUAUUUACCUCGAUAUGGUCUGGAAUUCUUCAUCGACGAGGAUGGGGAAAUGCAGUCCCGUAACAUGCGCAACAUGGUCGUUGAUGAUAACCAGUCUACUGGAACGAUGUUGGGAUUAGUCAAUCAACUCGUCAUGCGUCCGAAGUCGCAAAUCACAGACGAGCAUCCCCGCACAGUCAUCAUCCCAGACGGUCGCGUCUCAUACGCCGUUGAUAAGCAUCACGUCCGGGUUACCAUUAUUGCUGAAGGCGCCCGAGUGGCGUACCACUUGUACAGGGUUGAUACAGAUCUAUGCUGUCUCACUGGGCUUGUGGGUCUGACGAACAAGCUUUAUCAAGCGCUCCUCCAUGCUAUUACCAGUGGCUGUCUCCCUGAUCCUCUGACGGGUCGAACAGGGACAGAGGAGGCGUUGCAUCUCAUGCAUUCUGCGGCUUGCCGGUCUUUCAUGAAGCUUCACCCUCGCGAUACUGAUAUUUUGCGCGAGAUCAGUUCAUUGUCAACCAUGCGCGUCUGGUAUCCCGCACAUCUUCAGAAGAUGCAGAAAGUUUCAUGGUCAUGUCUUGCAUCCCUCGCACAACACCACGGUUUUCACCCAGCUGCGAAAUCUAUUAUGGACUAUGGCGUGCAGCUUUCAACUUUUUCAGCAGGAUCUUCAGACCUUCAUCUCACAUUUGAUCUUCCGCCAUUCACCAACCACCUUCUCGAGCGCGCAUCCAUCCGUGCCUCUGUGGUCUACCCUGACCAGUUUUCUCUUCGACUUCUGCUCGGUGACGCAGAUGUCAUCUAUGCUUCGCGUGAUGUACCCGAUAAAAAUGCAGAAGAGAUGGCAUUUCACACCGCCUUCAUGACACACCAGUGGCCAAGCAAGCUUCCGGUGCAACAGGAUAUCCUCGGUCUGUUUACUCGGUGGAAGAAUGUCCAGGGUAUUGGUGAACCGUCGCUCAGCCUGCGAUACUCCAGACACUGGCUUCGGCCAUUUCAUGACAUCUUCCUUUCAGCGUACGACCGCUGUCGUAUUGCUACGAAGGAGGACACAUUCAAGCUCGUCUUCACCCUGGCUUCAGUAUCAUAUGGCUUGUUGGAUGAGCAUGCACUCGUCCCGACACUCCUAGCCUUCGCCACAAUUCCCGAAAUUCGCACCCUGGGUGACCCACCGGAGUUCGCUUCAUAUGAUCUCUCGGAUAAUUUCAUGCCUUCCAGUGCGAUGUUGGACACCAUCAUCGGUUCGUGUGUCAAAGAUUAUGAAACCAGCCAGGAGAGAUACCUACCUGCAAGCAGCUGGGAAGAUGAACAGGCUGUUGGGAGGCGUCGUCAUUCAGCGUUUGAAGAUAGGUGUCGCUCUGAAAAGCAUCUCAUUCUCAACAAAGUUCAGGACGCUUGGCCGUGCAAAGAUCCUCCGGCACUGACUACGCUGCAAGUGAACUGCUACGACCUCAAUGAACUGCCGGAGAAACUUCGCCCAGUAUAUCGCAGCUGUUGGGCAAACCGUUGUCUGAAGCAACACUUGGAUGUCCUGCAAGAUACCCUCAACCGGUUCUAUGCCACUCAUCCUCCGUCGAAACUACCCUCGCAAUAUGAUCUUGAUUUCCAUUCUAAAGACUCGGAUGUCGCUCCACCAACACCGUCCGUUGAUGCUAAUUACCUCUUCGCUAGAAACCCGCCUGUUAUAUGCAUGAAUUGGUCUUCCCAUGUUCUGCCCAAUUCCGAUUGGAGAGAUUUAGUAUCUCCAGACGCCAUAGUCACAGCGAGGUUGCAACAACUUAUCAACGACUUUCGCGACCGAGGAAGUAACAAGUUCCGCCGUAACUACGCCAAUGAUCUUGACCGGAGCAGAUCGGUGUUCUGCGAAGAAAAGCCUGUUGCUUUACCAGAUUCUGCGCCGUACACGACGGAAGUAUUGCUGGAGUACCAUUCUCUUCAUAGGCGGCAAUUCCAAGAUGCACUUGCAUCUAUCGUACACGUCCUCUCCCCUGUCUCUGUUACCGAGAAUGCGUUGUAUAAUGCUGGGUUGUGGCCUCGAGUCACGCCAAAUCUCCUCUUCACUCGCAUGGCUUCUGCAUCAGGAAGUUGUUUGGGGAAGACGUGGCGUGCGGCUCUUGUCCGCCUGUCGCAGAUGCUUUUGCAACUGCAACGCUCGCGAAGACUAUUUAUGUUUGCCGCUAGCAAAAACUGGGGCGAGUUCUUCAAGGAAUUGGAGAAUAAAGAAUGCGAGCGGUCUGAUUCGGAGCUGUACCCUUUAUUUAUUUUUUAUUCAGUUUUUUUACAUCAGAAUGAGUCCUUUGGGGUCGUAGACCCUAUAUUGGACAUGUUUCAUCUUUUCCUUCGUAUAUAUGUGGUUGGUAUGGCACUGUUGUGUUUAUGUGAUUCGGACAGGUACGAUCUGUACCCUGAUUGGCUUUUAAUACAGAUUGAAAGUCAGUUCUUGGCACGGCCUGUCCAAAUGAAGGUUGCGCGGGAGAUGAUGUCGCCCUGCAGGGGGGGAAAUACUUCUCUCCAACUGAACAUGGGCGAAGGGAAAUCCUACGUGAUUGUUCCUCUCGCAGCAGCCGCACUUUCUGACGGCCACAAACUGGUCCGAGUAAUCGUGCUCAAGUCGUUGUCUGUUCAGAUGUUCCAGCUCCUGGUUGAACGACUAAGCGGCCUUGCACAGAGGCGUAUUUUCUAUAUUCCAUUCUCCCGCGCUCUUUCCAUCGACUCAUCAAAGGUGCAAAUAUAUCGUGACCUGAUGCAGGAAUGCAUGGACACCAAGGGCAUCUUGGUCGUGCAACCAGAUCAUAUUCUGUCGUUCCAGUUGAUGGCUGUUGACUCUCAGCUGCUCCCUCAGUCUGAAGCUGCUGAAGAUAUACUGCAGACUCAGCUGUGGCUGGAUAAUCAUACACGCGACAUUCUGGACGAAAGCGAUGAAAUUUUGCACGUUCGCUACCAACUGGUGUACACCAUCGGCCUCCAAAGGUCGCUUCAGGGUCAUCCCGACAGGUGGACAACUACGCAACAACUUUUGAGUCUUGUCGCAAAGCACGCCACUCGGCUCAAGAGCGAAUUUCCCUCUCACUCGGAAGUGUCUAUUCACCCGCACGGAGUGUUCCCCUUCAUUCGAGUUUUGCACCCCACAGCAGGUGAAAAAUUAGUCCAAUGGAUCGCACAGGAUGUCAUUAGCGGGGCGCUUGAAAACAUCAGCUUCGACCAAGCACCUCUCUGCGUCAAACAAGCAGUCCACCAGUUUAUUGCAACUGAAAAUAUAUCCAACACUUAUAUCAGCUUGGUGGAGGAGCGCUAUAGACAUACCACCGUCUGGCCCGGCCUUCUAGUCUUGCGUGGACUACUGGCAUGUGGUAUCUUGGUGUACGCCCUUAAAGAACGUCGCUGGCGCGUGGACUAUGGUCUCGCCCCCAAUCGAACGAUGUUAGCCGUUCCAUUCCGCGCUAAAGACAUGCCCUCUCUGCGAGCAGAGUUUGGCCAUCCGGACGUUGCUGUCACCCUCACGUGCAUGUCAUACUACUAUGCGGGCCUCACGCUCCAGCAGCUGAUGUUAUGCUUCGAGCUCCUGCUGAAGCAGGAUAAUCCCGCCCUCGAGUAUGAAUCCUGGGUACUUGGACUUCAGUCCGUCCCAGAAAGUCUACGGCACCUUAGCGGAAUCAACACAGAAUCUGCAGACCAACUCAGCGACCUUCAGCAACUGUUCGCAUCCAACAAGGCAGUCGUAGAUUUCUACCUGUCUCGAGUUGUUUUCCCCAAGGAAGCCAAGGGAUUCCCCAGUAAACUCACCUGCUCCGGAUGGGACCUCGCUCAAGAAAAGAGUCAUCUCACAACCGGCUUUUCUGGUACAAACGACAAUCGAUAUCUACUACCGAGCUCAAUUGUGCAGCACGACCUUGACUACCAACGCAGCACAAAUGCCCGAGUCCUAGCCUUUCUUCUGCGCCCAGAAAACAAUUCCUACAAAUGCAUACCACCCGGCCAAAAGGUGCAUGACUUCAUUGAUUCUCUCGUCGCACAGACCCCCGAGGUCCGCGUGCUCCUAGACGUGGGAGCGCAGAUGCUGGAAUUGAGGAAUCAGGAGUUGGCCGAAGCAUGGCUUCGAGCCACGCCCAGCGCCCAAGCUGCAGUCUUCGUGAAUGACGACGAUGAACUCGUUGUUGUCAGUCUAGAUGGGACAGUCGAGUCCCUUGUGUCGUCUCCCUUCGCACAGCAGCUUGACCAAUGCGUGGUAUAUUUGGACGACGCCCAUACGAGGGGAACAGAUGUCAAGCUGCCUUACGGUUUCCGAGCUGCUGUGACGCUUGGCCCCAAAGUCACGAAAGACCGCCUAGUGCAAGGAUGCAUGCGAAUGCGCAAGCUGGGCAAUGGGCAAUCAGUGACGUUCUUAGCUCCAGCUGAAGUUGACCGGAGCAUUCGUUUGACAACUCAGAAAGCUGAUACCGACGGUGUUGAUGUGUCAGAUAUCUUGCACUGGGCGAUGCUCGAAACUUGCAAUGAUAUUGAGAUGCGUACAUUAUCCUGGAUCCAACAGCGAUCGGAUUUCAAUAGACGACAUUCCGCAUGGUCUCAAUUCUCUCACGCUCCUACCACUUCGAUUUCUACCCUGAAGUCAGCCUGGUUGCAGCCAGAAGAACGUUCAUUAGAGGAAUUGUACGCACCACGCAGUUCUUCAGAGGUAUCCCAGGUUUUCGAUCCAGACAUCCAAGAGAAGUGCGAGGAGCUCGGAAUUUUAUCAGCUCCCGAGAGGAGGAUGGACGAGGAACAAGAAAGGGAGGUAAUUCAUGAAGUAGAGAGAGAACGUCAAGUGGAAAGACCGCCCAAGGUGAAACCUGCAGCCCAGAGCGUGCACGUAGACGUUCGUCAAUUCGUGGAGUCUGGUCAAAUUGUCGCGGAUUCUCCCGCGUUCAUUCAAGUGCUAUCCAGCCUUGUCGACACUACUGCUGAAUUUGAUGAGCGCGAUCAGUGGGCACACAAUAUUUUAGUCACCCGCGACUUCGCUCGUACGGUGGGGACUAUCCCUGGCAUCCAAGAAGUGGAUGAUUAUCUGCGGCCCGUCAAUUGGAUUGUAUCCAGUGACGUCGGCCACCCAACCCUGGUAGUCAUGAGCCCGAAUGAAGUGGACGUACUACUACCUGAUAUCCGCACGAGCAAGGUAGUUCACCUGUGCAUCUACACUCCUCGCAUCAUACAAACGAUGCAGGCAUGCGACAACCUUCGACUCUACUGUGUUCCUUCGGCCCCACGGUUGACACCAUCAGAACCGCUCAUCUGCCAGCUCAACCUUUUUGCGGCCCAACUCUAUUUCUCCAAUUACAACACGUAUCUGCAAACUUGCAGCUUCUUAGGACUCAACGCGCCAGAUUUGGGGGGAGAGGAUUUAGUAGUUGACAGUGACGGGUUCAUCGAGAUGCACAAUCGCCCUUCUGCGAGAGCAUCAUGCAUGUUCGAGCGAUCCCAGCUUCCUCCACUGAAGAAGUUGUUCGGGAUGAGAAGGAAAGGCAUGGGAUAUCUACCAACUCAUCUCGGAAAGAUGCUCAAUGGUCGCAUUCUGACCGAGAAGGACUUUGUCAACUGAAUCCUA